GACUGCAGUUCCCGGCGGCCGCGGGGCAGCGGAGCCCGGGCCGGGCCGGCCGAGCGGCGCGGGGAGGAGCUGCGGGCGGCCGAGUCGGCCCGUAGCCGCGGCGCGGCUGGGGGAGGCCGGCGUGGAGGGGACGGGGCUGGCUGCGGCCAAUGCGAAAUUGGCUGGUGCUGCUGUGCCCCUGUGCGGUCGGGGUCGCGCUGCACCUCUGGCUGCUGCUCAGCUGCCCCGGCGGCCCCGGGAGGCACCCGGCAGGUCCACUGGCCUGCUUUCCUCAGUGGAAGUUGAGGCAUUAUGAUGUUGUUGUAGGUGUGUUGUCAGCUCGGCACAAUCAUGAACUGCGCAGUGUUAUAAGGAACACUUGGUUCAAGCACUUGAAACAACAUCCUGCACUGAGCCAACGUGUCCUUGUGAAGUUUAUAAUAGGUGCGCAUGGUUGUGCUGUGCCAGUGGAGGACAGAGAAGAUCCGUACUCCUGCAAACUUCUGAACAUCAGUAACCCAGUUUUGAAUCAGGAAAUUGAAGCAUUCAGUCUCCCUGAGGACAUACCUUCUGUGCUCUCCGAAGACAGAAUUGUCAGUGUGAACUUUCGUGUACUUUACCCCAUUGUCAUUACCAGUCUUGGUGUAUUUUAUGAGGCUGAAGGUGUGGGAUUCCAGCGGAACAUCACUGUAAAACUGUACCAGGCAGAACAUGAGGAAGCUCUCUUCAGUGCUCGCUUUAGCCCACCAAGCUGUGGAGUGCAAGUGAACAGACUGUGGUACAAGCCAGUAGAGCAGUUCAUUUUACCAGAGAGUUUUGAAGGUACCAUUGUGUGGGAAAGCCAGGAUCUUCAGGGCCUUCUUUCGAGAAACCUUCAGAAAGUGGUGGUGAAUGAUGGAGGGGGUGUCUUCAGAGUCAUUACACAGGCAGGGGAAGGGUCGUUGCCACACGAGUUCACAGAAGGUGUGGAGGGAAUAGCAGGUGGUUUUAUCUACACUGUUCAAGAAGGUGAUGCUCUUCUAAAAAGCCUGCAUACUCGCCCUGAAAGGUUUGCAAGUCAUAAAAAAAAUCUUGAAAAAGAAGAUGCUUUAUUGAAGGAAGAAAGCAGUACCUAUGAUGAUAUUGUUUUUGUAGAUGUUAUUGACACUUACAGAAAUGUUCCAGCCAAACUGCUGAACUUCUACCGAUGGACAGUUGAAUCAACAAGCUUUGAUUUGUUGCUGAAGACGGAUGAUGACUGUUACAUUGAUUUGGAGGCUGUUUUUAACAGGAUAAUGCAGAAAAAACUGGACAGGCCAAACAUUUGGUGGGGAAAUUUCAGACUAAAUUGGGCAGUUGAUCGAACUGGGAAAUGGCAAGAGCUGGAGUACCCAAGUCCUGCAUAUCCAGCCUUUGCUUGUGGGUCUGGCUACAUCAUCUCCAAAGAUAUCGUUCAGUGGCUGGCCAGCAACUCCGAACGAUUAAAGACGUACCAGGGUGAAGAUGUGAGUAUGGGCAUCUGGAUGGCAGCUGUAGGACCCAAGCGAUACCAAGACAGUCUCUGGCUGUGUGAGAAGACAUGUGAGAAUGGCAUGCUGUCUUCCCCUCAGUAUUCUCCACAGGAACUGAGAGAGCUCUGGAGAGUAAAGGAACUGUGUGGAGAUCCUUGUAGAUGUGAGGAAAGAUGACAGACUUGCCUCAGAAAACAGGGUAGCAUAUAAUAAUCAUGCAAAAGUGGAUAUUUGGCUUCAUUUUUGGAAACAAUAAGGAAUAUUAAGGUAUCAUUUAAUGUUGGGUUUCAACUAAAGUGUAACAAAUAUUUGCACAUCCCUUUUGUAAUUACAAGUGGACUGAUACUAUCCAUUUUCUAUAGCAUAGAUGAUCAGACAAAACCAAAAUGUUUAAGAUAAGCAAUUUCCUUUUUAUAUAAAGUCAAAGAACUACUUGUAAUUAAUAAAUGCACAUAAAAAUGCCAACUAGCCUGUCUUUUGUAAAUUAAAAUACUACUGAUUUAACUCUGUAUAGAACUGUGCCAGUAUUUAGCCAAGAGCUGUGCUCAGUACCAGGGCACCUGGGAGGUCUUGCUGCAGCAGGGGUUCUAUGCUAGCAUCUGUUUGAGAGGUUGCUGUUAGCUGUGUGGGGCGUUGGGUCAGCUACAGUUUAGGAUUUAUGUUUAGUUUGUUUAUACCAUUGUCAUUUUGAUACCAUUCUAAAGUUUGCUUAUACCAAAUGUUGCAGUACUGCAAACUUAGCCUGACUCAGACUGAUAGCAUAAUGUAUCAUUAGAUAUGAAUCUGAGGGUAGACAGUUGAAAGUAAAAUAAGUUUGAGCAACAGAACACUAAAAACUAGCAAUGCUUGCAGGAUGCUGAGAACUUAUAUACUGUGGUAUGUUAAUGCUGUAGGUAGAAUAAAAGUCUGUCAGAUUUUGACAGAUACCUUAGACAAUAGUCUAAGGUGUGUAGGUACCUCUACAGUUACUGCUGUUCUACUGCUGUGUGCUUUAAGGUCUUUGGAAGUAGGUGAAAAAAAGGUAAGUAGCCUCUUUCAGUGCAGCACUAAUUUGGUCCUAGAGCUAUUGUAAGCAAAGAUAUUGCACCUACAGCAUAUCAGUUCAGUUAAUUAAUAAAAAAAAAAUUCUCACCACUACAGCAGGAAAGUAGCAUAAAAUAUCAGCAGAAGGGUUUAUUUAACUGAUGGAUAUAAGCACUGUCUGUUUGGUACCUUUCACAUGAGACUUCACCCAAAAGCAAAUGCUUUCAGGAAGACUGACUACUAAUUUUAAGAGCUGGAAAUAUGGUCAUGUAGUUCUCUGGUGCCAUGUAUGAAGUCCAUGUUCUUCCACAACUUGUGCCUGAACACCGAUGUAGAUGCUGUCUGCAGGUAGCCCAUAACUCUUCUGCUGUUCCAGUGCUUGAUUUUCCUUCAAUCUAUCAAGAGGGUCCCUUAUCACCACCGCACUAACACACAGUCUCCAUUUUCUAUUGAGUAAAACUGCAAAGGCUUUAGGUCAUUGUCUAGUUCAACUUCUUUUCCUUCCAGCUGUGGGGAAAAAAAACAGAUUUAAAUUAAAAUCUGUUCAUAUAAACCAAAUCUAAACCAGGCAGUUGCAGUCAGGGAGGAUCUGUCUCAUAUUACAGGAAUCAAAUCAGGUCUCAAAUUACAGCAUGAAGACCACCCUCCUUAAAUGAAACCCACUUCAUUAUGUAGUAUUCAGAACAUGCCAUUGACCUUUAGCAGCAUGAAGUAUUUCGCUGUUGAAUUUUAACUCACUUUAGAACUUUCAUAGGACAGUUUCAGUUCUGAACCAGGUAUUUUGAGUAGGCGAUACAGCAAUCCUUUGACCCGCUGAAUAGUCAUAGAAUCUGUCAAAGGCAAAGAAAAAAAAUUACUAGAAAAAUGCUGCUGUCACUGAGCUGUAGCAAAGUACUAGUGUUUCAAGUAUACUUGUUCAUAGCAUCAAGGAAAGGCUGUACUGCUGCUUCAGUUCUAACACUGCAAUAAUGUCUUUUGUAACUGAAAUAACUGCUAAUAUCAAUUUGAAAUCAGCUUAAUCUCUGGUGGAUCAGACAGAAUAUGCUACUACUGUUUAAGUGCUUUGAUUUCCAUAUACCAAAUUAAAAGUGUUACGGCUUCAUAAUUUACCUUUUUGGAGUUGGUAUUUGAAACAUAGUAAACUAAGUGACCUUUGGGACACAAACCAGUCACCUUCUAACAACUUGCAUCUGUCAGUUAUUCCUGACAGUUUUCAUACCAGGAAUCAGCUCUCUCAGCAUAAAGAAAUCAGUGUCACUGCAACUAGUGCCAUUCUCAGAAACAUUACCACAUUAAUUAGUCCCAAACAGAUUGCCAGCAGAGUUGCAUAGUGGUUUGUAUUAUGAAGUCACUUACACAAAGGGAUAUUUUUUGUAAUGGAUCUUGAAUGACUAAGUGUUGUUUGUGCCAAAGGUGGUACCUGUGUUUUCAACAGAUAUACUGGAUAUUUUGGUUAAACUUUCACUUCCUUUGAAGCUUUAUCUAAAGGCACAGCAAUAGUGAGUUAUUCGUGUAAUACUGCACAUUGUACUUAGACAAAUAUUUUUCUAUCAAACACUUUUGUAAAAGCUGUAUCUGAUUUUAUGAAACUUGUGAUAAUAAAUGUGAUUUUUAUUUUAAAAUA